UGUCCUGUCUGUGGGUCAGGGGUAAGAUGGGAGAACACAGCCCUGGCUGACACCCGCCUUCCAUACCUCCCCAGAGUCAACUAGGAUGGAAGCUCUUGUGAACGUGUACCAGAGCAUGAUGAAGCAUGGGGAUCCCCGGAUACAGGGCUACCCUUUGAUGGGGUCCCCCUUGCUAAUGACCUCCAUUCUCCUGACUUAUGUGUACUUCGUUCUCUCACUUGGGCCUCGAAUCAUGGCCAAUCGGAAGCCCUUCCAACUGCGUGGUUUCAUGGUUGUCUACAACUUCUCACUGGUGGCGCUCUCCCUCUACAUUGUCUAUGAGUUCCUGAUGUCUGGCUGGCUGAGUAGCUACACCUGGCGCUGUGACCCUGUGGACUUUUCCAACAACCCAGAGGCACUGAGGAUGGUUCGAGUGGCCUGGCUCUUCCUCUUCUCCAAGUUCAUUGAACUCAUGGACACGGUGAUCUUUAUUCUCCGGAAAAAAGAUGGACAGGUGACCUUCCUACAUGUCUUCCAUCACUCAGUGCUUCCCUGGAGCUGGUGGUGGGGAGUGAAAAUUGCCCCAGGAGGAAUGGGCUCUUUCCAUGCCAUGAUAAACUCCUCUGUGCAUGUCAUCAUGUACCUGUACUAUGGACUAUCUGCCCUUGGCCCUGUGGCUCAGCCCUACCUUUGGUGGAAAAAGCACAUGACAGCCAUCCAGCUGAUCCAGUUUGUCCUGGUCUCGCUGCACAUCUCCCAGUACUACUUCAUGCCCAGCUGUAACUACCAGUACCCAGUCAUCAUCCACCUCAUCUGGAUGUACGGCACCAUCUUCUUCGUGCUCUUCUCCAAUUUCUGGUAUCAUUCUUACACCAAAGGCAAACGGCUGCCCCGUGUAGUUCAGCAAAAUGGAGCUCCAGGUACUGCCAAAGUCAAGGCCAACUGAGAACCAUGCUCUUGCUAGGCGCCCACCUAAGUGCCUCAGGACUGCACCUUGGGCAGCAUCCAUCAUUGUCCUCCCCAACUACACCUGUGACCAGGGAUUGUGUGGUCAGGACUGAGCAGGGGACAAGCCUUCCCCUCCCCACAGCUGGUACACAGGGACCACAGCUUCCGUUCCUCACCCACUUGUCCCAGCCAGCCCCAGGGACGUGGCCUCGUUGCCCUCUGCCACUCGAGCUGGGGGCUGAAAGGGCUGGACGCUUACUUCCCCCUCCCUGCCUUAAACUUGGGAGAGAAGCACUCAGGACUGGCCCCCACCAGGGUCUUGUGGCCUUUUUCCUCACACUGAAGAGGUCAGCAAUAAUCUGUCACUACGGACCCAGGCUCCCUCCUUCCCACCCAUACGUCCGAGUGGGUGGGAGGCCUGAGAAUAUAGCCUGUGGAGGCUGCUCACUCAUGUCUUCAUUAAAAGUGACAGAGGAAACUA